GGGUCUGUUACCUCACUGCUUAUUUCCCUAGCAAAUAAACCAGCAGCUGCUGGUCCAUGAACCAAGUUGCCACCAAGAACAGGGUGCCGUAUGCAUGGGACACGAUGCUUUCAUGGAGCUCUUUGGCAGCAUGGUUGGGGUCUUUCAAGGAAAAAUCUACUUCCUCUUCUUAGCAGGUGUUUGCUCGGGGCUGAAGGUGACUGUACCAUCCCACACGGUCCAUGGCAUCAGGGGUCAGGCCCUCUACCUCCCCGUGCACUAUGGCUUCCACACUCCGGCGUCGGACAUCCAGAUCAUAUGGCUGUUUGAGAGACCCCACACAACACCCAAAUACUUACUGAGCUCUGUGAAUAAGUCUGUGGUUCCCGACAUGGAGUAUCGGCACAAGUUUACCAUGAUGCCACCCAAUGCGUCUUUACUCAUCAACCCACUGCAGUUCACUGAUGAAGGCAAUUACAUCGUGAAGGUCAACAUCCAGGGAAAUGGAACUCUAUCUGCUAGUCAGAAGAUACAAGUCACCGUAGAUGAUCCUGUCAUAAAGCCACUGGUGCAGACCCGUCCUGCCUCUGGGGCUAUAGAACAUGUGGGAAACAUGACGCUGAUGUGCCAGGUGGAAGGGGGCACCCGCCUGGUGUACCAGUGGCUGAAAAAUGGGAGACCUGUCUACACUAGCUCCACAUACUCCUUUUCUCCCCAAAACAACACUCUUCAUAUUGCUCCAGUGACCAAGGAAGACAUUGGGAAUUACAGCUGCCUGGUGAAAAACCCCAUCAGUGAGAUGGAAAGUGAUAUCAUUAUGCCUACCAUAUUUUAUGGACCUUAUGGACUUCAAGUUAAUUCUGAUAAAGGGCUAAAAGUAGGGGAAGUGUUUACUGUUGACCUUGGAGAAGCCAUCCUAUUUGAUUGUUCGGCUGAUUCUUAUCCCCCCAACACUUACUCCUGGAUCCGGAGGACUGACAAUACGACAUAUGUCAUUAAGCAUGGGCCUCGCUUAGAAGUUACAUCUGAGAAAGUUGCCCAGAAGACAGCUGACUACAUGUGCUGUGCUUACAACAACAUAACUGGAAGGCGAGAUGAAACUCGUUUCACAGUUAUCAUUACUUCUGUAGGACUGGAGAAGCUUGCACAAAAAGGAAAAUCAUUGUCCCCUUUAGCGAGUAUAACUGGAAUAUCACUAUUUUUAAUUAUGUCCAUGUGCCUUCUCUACCUAUGGAAAAAAUACCAACCUUGCAAAGUUUUUAAACAGAAGCUAGAAAACAGGCCAGAAACAGAAUACAGAAAAGCUCAAACAUUUUCAGGCCAUGAAGAUGCUCUGGAUGACUUCGGAAUAUAUGAAUUUGUUGCUUUUCCAGAAGCUUCUGGUGUUCCCAGGAUGCCUAGUAGGUCUCUCCCAGCCUCUGAUGGCAUAUCAGGGCAAGGUUUACACAGUACAAUUUAUGAAGUUAUUCAACACAUCCCUGCUCAACAGCAAGACCAUCCAGAGUGAGCUUUCAAGGGCAAAGCAGAGCAUUGGAAUGAAAAAAGGAAAUGAACAUUUUGGGGAAAAACAGUGGAAAUUUAUAUUCAUCCAGACUCAAUGGAAAAAUGAAGCCCAAUACCUCUUACUUAUUAUUUUGCAGAUAGAGGCAUUUAUUGGAAUACAGAUUUUCCAGCAUAUACAUAAUAUCGUAUGUAACAGAAGAACAGGAAUGUGAUGGGGAAAUAUUCCCCAGUGGACAGUCUUUAUUAUGCUGAUUGGGAGGAAGAAAAGGAUGGGCUUUCCAAGCACUCUUUUUUUAACGAAUUUCUUCCCAUUAGUUUCCAGUCUGUCCUUUCUCUUUCAUCAACAUCAGCCCUAUCCUAUCUCACCUACAAAGGUGGAAACUAUAUCUGUAAACUUCUCAACAGGCUUUGUUUUAUUAAAUUCUUAUCACUGUUAAGAUUGCUAAAUUUAUGUUUUUACUUUAUUCCCGAAUUUCUUUCUUGUUAUUUGUAGCACAAAGAAAUAAGAAUGCUUGUCACAAACGUGAGAAAUAUGCCUUCUCCUUGGUUGUAAACCGCCAAUGAUGUUUAUGAAAAUACUUGUGAAAUGCAUAAGGAAGUGGCUUAAUGAAGUCCUAUUUUUAUUUUGUUUAAGGAAAUAUGGACUCAAAUAAA